GGAGAAGGACACACAAACACACCAAACUAAGCGCGUGAUAACACACGCGCACUGCAGCUGGCAACAGCCACUUUCCCUCUCAUUCAUCAUUCUCUCCUUUAAAACAUCUCUCUCCCUCCUCCUCCUCACUUAACUCUCUCAAUCCUCACUUUUAACCUAAACCUAUCAACAACAAUGUCGUCUCCGGCGACUACUUAUCUCUUCUUCUUCUUAACCAUCCUCUCCUUCUCCUUCUUCUACAUCUCCUCUUCUCUUCAACACUCCUCCACUGUUAAUUCCUUAACCAUCCCCUCCCCCUCCUCCACCGCCGUCGCCGCCGAGAUCGAAGUAAUUAACCCAAAGCUCCCGCCGCGGAGUCUCACUCUCACCACCUCGAAAAAAUACGAAGGAUCCUCCGAUCUAAUCCACCUCCGUUACCACAUGGGACCUGUCCUCUCAUCCUCACCAAUCAACAUCUACUUGAUCUGGUACGGUCACUGGACACGUCCUCACAAAUCCCUAAUCAGAGACUUCCUCAACUCAAUCUCCGACGAUAAAUCACCAUCCCCUUCCGUAUCCCAGUGGUGGCGCACAGCUUCACUCUACACUGACCAAACCGGAGCAAACGUAUCCAGAUCCGUUUUAAUCGCCGGAGAAUACUCCGAUUCUAGUUACUCCCACGGUAACCACCUGACCCGUCUCACGAUCCAAGACGUCAUAGCCUCCGCCGCUAGAUCAGCUUCUUUCCCUGUAGAUCACAAAAACGGCAUGUACUUGGUUCUGACGUCACACGACGUCACGAUGCAAGACUUUUGCCGUGCAGUAUGUGGAUUUCAUUAUUUCACUUUCCCGUCCAUGGUUGGUUACACUAUGCCUUACGCUUGGGUUGGUCAGUCGGGGAAACAAUGCCCCGAGGUUUGUGCUUACCCUUUCGCUUUGCCGGGGUAUAUGGGACACGGCGGACCUGGUGAGCUCCGGCCACCGAACGGGGAGACCGGAGUUGAUGGGAUGGUUAGUGUGAUUGGUCAUGAGUUAGCGGAAGUUGUUUCGAAUCCUUUGAUUAACGCUUGGUACGCCGGAGAAGAUCCGACGGCGCCGACGGAGAUUGGGGAUUUGUGUGAAGGGUUGUAUGGAAGCGGCGGAGGAGGAGGGUAUAUUGGUCAAGUGAUGAGAGAUAGAGAAGGGAAGACUUUUAAUAUGAAUGGUAAAGGAGGAAGGAAGUUUUUGGUUCAAUGGAUUUGGAACCCUAAUUUGAAAGCUUGCUCUGGUCCUAACUCUGUCGACUAAACAAGAUGGUUAAUGAUGAUGGUGAUUAAGAUUAUGAUGAAAUAACUCGUUUCUUUAGUAAGAAUUUUUUAGGUUAGUAUUUUGUAGUAACAUUUUUACUUUUUUUUAUUCUAUAUAUAUAUAUAUAUAUUUGUGUUAUUAUACUUUCUUGAAUUUCACAUUCACUUUUUUUUUUUAUUUUGUUUAUUUCAUCACUUUGGGAAAUGAAAAAGUUUGAAUUCAAAUU